ACUCUAACACGUGAUAGGAAGUGAUUUCUGCGAUCUCCUUGAUAAGCUGUUUGUUGGUGAAACGUUACACUGUUUCUCAGAGUGUCUGCUUUAUUUUUCUCCUCUCGUUUGAAUUACCUUUUAUAUUUUCUGUAGCUGGGACGUCAGCUGGGACUGAAUCACGUCCCGGUCGUUUGGCGUUCACGCGACUUGGGCAGCUAGCUAGCUAGCUCGGGUUGUUUUGAAAGUUUAGCUGUUAUUGGAAACAUGAACACGUUGGUGACAAAAUUAGAUCACAGAUGCGUCAGUUUAACCUUGAGACAACCUUGGAUAACAGCUAUGAAUGCUACCAAGGCCCAGCUCUCCACAGUCCCUCCAGAACCUGUGAUCCCCUCUAAGAAGCCUUUCAAAGUGGAGCUGCAUGGUGGAAAGCGUUACUCAUGGUGCACUUGUGGACACAGCAAGAAACAGCCUUUCUGUGAUGGAGCCCACAAAACCAAAGCCCAGGGCCUCUCCCCGCUACGCUUUGUCCCAGAGAAAGACGCCACAGUUUGGCUAUGUGGUUGUAAGUACACUAACAACCCUCCUUACUGUGAUGGCACGCACAAGCAGGAUUUCAUCGUGUCUGCCCCACUACAUGAACAAACGGACUCCUGAAAAGGAGGACGGAGAGGUCUACGAAGUGCUGAUUUGUGUAGCUGUUGCUUCUACAUUUUUGUACAAAGUGAUUCUGCACUCAGUGAAUGCAGCACAUUUAAACUUACGGACCCUGACAUAUGUUUGAGUCUGAUGUCCUGUCGGUAUUUCUCUCAGUGCUGCCAUCAGAAGUCCUUGCUUUCCAUCUUUGUCUGUGGAGAGACGAUGAUGUGAUGAUGGACUGUGUGAGGUGUGUGUACCAGUGGAGAUUUUACCAUACUGUUUAUACUGAGAUUACUAAUAAAUGGCACUGGAAGUCCAUGGGGAAAAAAUGCUGAGAAUCAGUGCUAUGGAUAAGGUAAGGUGUCUGCAGAGCUCAAGGGGAUACCACAGACAAAAUGCACCCCAGCCACAGCCUGUUCAACUUGCUGCUGUCUGGAAAAUCUUCAGAAGUACCUGCUGCUGAACCAUCAGACUGCAGAGCAACCGCUUUCCACUGGUUGCGAGACUCCUGAACUCAUCCUUCGCACUCCAUUUUUGAAAAAUGUGUUUUUGUGCUUAUUUAUUUAUUAGUUUGCACAGUUUGUUGAUGUUUACACUAACUUGGAUUUUGUUAAAUUUGUGCUGUAUAAUGACAAAUCUCGAAUCAUUUUAAACCAUAUAGUGAGUGCAAAGGUGUCACCAUGAUGAGUCUCCACUGUUUGUAUCAGCUGGCACUUCUUCACCAACAUGGUCACUGUUUCAUUGCUUGUUAUCAGCUCUUUUACUGGUCCCAGAUCAUGAAUCAGUGGUUCCUAACUUUGGUCACAACAUUAAAGAAAAAAAAAAAAAAAGUUACUCAACAUAAUAUUUGUUUUUGUUUUUUUCACACUUGCCUCAAAUCUGUCGAUUGUUCUUGUACCAGGGUUUACGACCUCUGACGGGUCAAGGGCACAAAGUGCUCGGCCAUAAGAGGUCACAAGCCAAAUGGUUGGGAACCUGAGAUGCGUCAGCGUAGUGUCUCUUUAAUAACUUCUGUUAGGUUUCAGUGUAUUACUUGUAUGUCCUGAUGUUUGUGGCUUGAUUGAAUGUAAACAUUAAUAUAAAAGCUGAAAGGAAGAACACAGG